AUGCAAGCUUUACACAGCUUAGAUGUUAUUGAAGCUAUUGAAGUUGAAAAUAGCACGCGUCGAAGAAAAGUGUACAAAAGCAGGAGUGAUCCGUUUUCUUUGAACGACGAAGACUUUCGGAAGCGUUAUCGCUUUAAGAAAUCUACUGCGACUUACAUAAUUGACUUAGUACGUGAUGAUCUCAACUUAGAUAGAAGAGGUUCGGGUACAUCACCUGAAAUCCAAGUUUUAACGGCAAUAAGAUGUUGGGGUCGUCGAGAGGUUCAAGAAGAUGCUGGAGACCACCAUGGAUUGUCGCAAGCAACCACCAGUCGGAUUUGUACCCGAGUUGCACGUGCACUUGCACGACACUCAGCUUCUUUUAUUAAAAUGCCCAGUACUUUUGCUGAAGAAGAGCGUAUGAUGGGAGAAUUUUAUAGAAUUCGAAGUUUCCCAACUGUAAUUGGUUGUAUUGACUGUACUCAUAUCAAAAUCCGCAAAUGUGGAGGUGAUGCAGCCCAAUAUUAUAUAAAUAGAAAAGGAUUUUAUUCACUCAAUGUUCAGGUAACUUGUGAUGCACAUCUCCGCAUCCGGGAUAUUGUUGCCAGAUGGAGAGGUAGCACUCAUGAUUCCCGAAUUUUUAAUGAAUCAUCACUGAAAGAGCGUUUUGAGACAGGGUCAUUUAGAGGACGACUUUUAGGUGACUCUGGAUACAAAUUAGAACCUUAUCUGUUCACUCCCAUUCUGAGGCCUCGGAACCGAAGUGAGGAAAAAUAUAAUGAAGCACAUAUUGCUACAAGAAAUACUGUAGAACGUUGCUUUGGAGUCUGGAAGCAACGUUUUCAAUGCCUUCUAUUUGGCAUGACCUGCAAGCUACAAAAUGUGAAGACCACAAUAGUUGCUUUAGCUGUGCUUCACAAUAUUGCAGUGGACCAUGGCGAUGUGCAGUUAGAGAGUGGGGUUGAAUAUAACAGAGAAGUGUCUAGAGAAGUUCCAAGGAGUAAUGCUAGUGCUAAUGCUGCAUUACAAACUUUUAUUAGGAGACAUUUUAGUGAAUAGUUUAUAAUACAAAAUACUGUACAAUGCAAUCAAUUUAUUUAUUUUUAUAAUAUUCUAA